CUGAGUGCACGCAGACGAACAGGAGUGGCGUGUUGCUGCGGCUCUAGUCUACUCUGCUUCAGUAAUCUCCCCGAAGAUGGCGGCGAACCGACGUGUACAGCUUCUCUUGCUGUUGAUGUCCGCGUCAUUCUGCCUGUGUACGGUGCAAGGUUUGAAAGUACCGAGCAGUAACGGCAAUGGAAACGGACUCGGUAAUCAGCAAGUAAACCCCCCGGCUCCAGUUAAUAUUAUCCGACAGCCUGGACCAGGCAAUAACGUCCCAGUAGCUCCCGCCGCGGCCAUGACGCAGCCUCGGAGAGCGACGGGGUGGAAGCUGGCGGAAGAGCAGGCCUGUCGGGAUGACUUGACCCGGCUUUGUCCCAAACACACCUGGAGUAACAACUUGGCGGUACUGGAGUGUUUGCAGGACAGAAAAGAGGAAACCGAGAUUGCUGUCGACUGCAACCAUCUGCUCUGGAACUACAAGCUGAAUUUGACUACAGAUCCCAAGUUUGAGUCUGUGGCGGUGGAGGUCUGCAAGAGCACCAUUACUGAGAUAAAGGAGUGUGAGGAAGAGGAGCGGGGUAAAGGCUACCUGGUAUCCUGCCUGGUGGAUCACCGUGGAAACAUCAGUGAGUACCAGUGUCACCAGUACAUCACCAAGAUGACCUCUAUUGUGUUCUCCGACUACCGGUUGAUCUGUGGCUUCAUGGACAAGUGCCGAGACGACAUCAACCGCUUGCACUGUGGAAGCAUCAACGUGGGGGACAAGGAUAUCCACUCUCAGGGAAAGGUCUUAGCCUGUCUGGAGAAAGCUUUGGUCCAGGAGGCGGAGCAACAGGACCAGACUCAUCCAAUCAGAGAGGAGUGUAAGAGAAGCAUCAUGCGUGUUGCUGAGCUAUCAUCAGAUGACUUCCAUCUUGACCGAUACCUCUACUUCUCCUGUCGAGAUGACCGAGAACGCUUCUGUGAAAAUACCCAAGCAGGAGAGGGUAAAGUCUACAAGUGUCUCUUUAACCACAAGUUUGAGGAGGCCAUGUCUGAGAAGUGUCGAGACGCCCUGACCACUCGUCAGAAGCUGAUCGCCCAGGACUACAAGGUCAGCUAUUCUCUGGCCAAGGCCUGCAAGGCAGAUCUCAGGAAAUACCGCUGUAAUUUGGACACCAACAUGCCCCGUGCCAGAGAGGCCCGGCUGUCAUACCUGCUGCUGUGUCUGGAGUCAGCCGUGCACAGGGGACGCACGGUGUCGGGGGACUGCCAGGGGGAGAUGUUGGAGUACAGGCGGAUGUUGAUGGAGGACUUCUCUCUGAGCCCAGAGAUCGUUCUCCACUGCCGAGGAGACAUCGAGACCCACUGCUCCGGGCUCCACCGUAAGGGGCGCACCCUGCACUGCCUGAUGAGGGUGGGCCGCGGGGAGAAGGCCAGCGCGGUGGACGGGCUGUGCCAGAGCGCGCUCCAGGCUCUGAUCCAGUCAGCAGAUCCUGGGUCAGACUACAGGAUCGACCGGGCCCUGAAUGAAGCCUGUGAGUCCGUUAUCCAGACCGCCUGCAAACACAUCCGCAGCGGGGACCCAAUGAUCCUGUCCUGCCUGAUGGAGCACCUGUAUACAGAGAAGAUGGUGGAGGACUGUGAACACAGAUUACUGGAGCUGCAAUACUUCAUCUCUCGAGACUGGAAACUGGACCCGGUCCUCUAUAAGAAGUGCCAGGGUGACGCUGCACGGCUUUGCCACACCCACGGCUGGAAUGAGACCAGCCAGAUGAUGCCGGCCGGCGCGGUGUUCUCCUGUCUCUACCGCCACGCCUACCGCACCGAGGAUCAGGGACGCCGGCCAGGAGAGGAGCAUCUGUCUCGUGACUGUAAGAUGGAGGUGCAGCGGAUUCUUCAUCAGAGGGCUCUGGAUGUGAAGCUGGACCCUGAUCUCCAGAAACGCUGUAUGACCGACCUGGGCAAGUGGUGCAGUGACAAAACCGAUACUGGACAGGAGUUGGAGUGUCUACAGGACCACCUGGAGGACCUGGUGUCUGCAUGUCGAGAGGUGGUGGGGAACCUGACGGAGCUGGAAUCUGAGGACAUUCAGAUUGAAGCCCUGCUGAUGCGAGCCUGUGAGCCCGUCAUCCAGUCUCACUGUCAUGACGUGGCUGACAACCAGGUGGACAUGGGGGACCUGAUGGAAUGUCUGGUUCAGAACAAACACCAGAAGGAGAUGAACGACAAGUGCACUGUGGGAGUCACUCACUUUCAACUGAUUCAAAUGAAGGAUUUCCGUUUCUCCUACAAGUUCAAAAUGGCGUGUAAAGAAGAUGUGCUGAAGCUAUGCCCCAACAUCAAGAAGAAGGUGGACGUAGUGGUCUGCCUCAGCACCACGGUGAGAAACGACACCCUGCAGGACCUCAAGGAGCAGCGAGUCGCUCUCAAGUGCCGCAAACAGCUGAGAGUGGAAGAACUGGAGAUGUCGGAGGACAUCCGCCUGGAGCCUGAGUUGUACGACGCGUGUAAGGCAGACAUCGGGCGGCUGUGCUCCAGCGUGGCAUUUGGUAACGCCCAGGUGAUGGAGUGUCUGAAGGAGGCCAAGAAGCAGCUGUCCCAGCGGUGUCACCAGAGGGUCUUCAAGCUGCAGGAGGUGGAGAUGAUGGACCCAGAACUGGACUACCAGCUCAUGAGGGUCUGCAAGCAGAUGAUCAAGCGUUUCUGUUCAGAUGCGGAUGCCAGGAGCAUGCUGCAGUGUCUGAAACAGAACAAGAACUCUGAACUGAUGGACCCCAAGUGCAAACAGAUGAUUACCAAGAGGCAGAUCACACAGAACACGGACUUCAGAUUGAACCCAGUUCUGAGGAAGGCAUGUAAGGCGGACAUCCCCAAGUUCUGUCAGCCAAUCCUGAACAAGGCCAGCGAUGACAGUGAACUGGAGGGCCAGGUGAUUGGCUGCCUCAAACUGAAGUACGCCGACCAGCGGCUCUCUCCAGACUGCGAGGACCAGAUCAGAGUUAUCCUUCAGGAAUCAGCACUUGACUACCGACUUGACCCACAGCUCCAGAUCCACUGCACCGACGAGAUUAGCCGUCUGUGUGCGGAGGAGGCAGCGGCCCAGGAGCAGGCGGGGCAGGUGGAAGAGUGUCUGAAGUUCAACCUGUUGAAGAUCAAACAGGACACAUGUAAGAAGGAGGUGCUGAACAUGCUGAAGGAGAGCAAGGCAGACAUCUUUGUGGACCCGGUGCUCCACACGGCCUGCGCCCUGGACCUUAAACACCACUGUGCUGCCAUCACACCUGGCCGAGGUCGACAGAUGUCUUGCCUGUUGGAGUCGGUCCAGGACAAACGAGUUCGUCUGCAGCCUGAGUGUAAGAAGAGACUUCAGGACCGCAUCGACAUGUGGAGCUUUGCGGCCAAGGUGGCGCCAGCGGAAGGUUUUUCAGACCUGGCUGUGCAGGUCAUGACCUCUCCCUCUAAGAACUACAUCCUGUUGAUAAUGGCCAUGGGGGUUAUGACCCUCUUCCUGUUUGGUCUGCUGUGUGGACGCAUCACCAAGAGAGUGACCAGAGAACUGAAGGACAGGUAGAAGACAGGUGGCCAGAUGUACGGAGAGACGGAUGGGCUGAGACCCAAAUGACACACUAUUCCCUAGAUGGUGCACGGUGACCAGUCCUGUUGGAUUAUGUAUCCUUGUUGUCUGCUUGGUCAACUGGCUCUGUGGAAUAACUAACCCCAAAAGGUUCUGGUCCAAAUAAUUGCUCUAUGUAGGGAAAAGGGUUCCAUUUGGGACAGGGGACAGUGUUCUCCAAAGGCUCCAUUGGAUCCACCCAAGCAAGGAAAUGACCCAAGCCUGCUCCGCCCCAACACCAGUCACCCCUCGUAUCCUUGGAAUGAACGCCUUCUGAUUCAUCUCGUCAAGCUUUGUUUUGUCUUUCUCUCGCCUUCAGAGACCUCAUUGUGACUGUUUGAAGUCCGACACGAGGCUUCAAGGUCUCUUUCCAAACAGCCCUCCGAUAGGUCUCGUGCCAUGGGCCCAUUUUCAACGGUGGCCGUGUUAUUGCGACAAAAAGAGAUGGCUGAAAACAGCAUCUCACACCACUGACAUCCUCCAUUUUCAGUGCCACUAUUGAAAAUGGCCACCAGUGUGAGAGAGUCUUAUAUGUUUCUCUUAUUUUGCCCUGAAAGAUGAUUUGCAGUUUUUUUUUAUUUCUUGUACAGUUUUUAUAUGGUAUUUUUUUUUGUCUCUUUAUUGCUUUCUUUGUUGUUGU